CAUUGCAGAUCAUCAGGUCCAUCGCGAUCUACUCCGCGUGACGGUUAUAGAAUAGUUUGUAAUCCCCGACCCGGACGAAGUCUAUGUCAGAGUACGAAUCGGUGGUCGCUGGAGCCCUGCGACUGCGCAGCGAUCAAGGGUUAAAAAGGAAAAAACGGAAGCACAAGAAAAGUGUUAAUCAUGUGAACACUGAACAUGAAGCCGUGGUUGAUGGUGAAGACGGGCAAGAUACUGUCGUUACUCACACUGUGAAUUCUUCACAAGGCCAUCUGACAAAGGCACAAAGAGAGUGGGAAAAGAAGAAAGACAAGAGGACUCUAGAAAAUGUUUUGUGCAAAGCCGAAAAAUCACACAAACAGCGUAUCAUUGAAUUCAACAACCACCUGGAAACUUUGACCGAGCAUUUUGACAUACAGAAAGUGUCCUGGACAAAAUAAUUUGUUGUUUUCCACUCUUGUUAUUCCAGUAUAUCUACCAUCAAAGUUUACUUACGAUACUCGAUUUACAAGGCAAUAGUUGGUGCAUGUGGGUUGUACUUGUACUCCUUCUGGUGAUUGUGUCUAGUUUCGACCACAUUUUAGAAAGUCCGAUACUUCUUUUGUUGACGUUCCGUGAGACAAUCGGUCCUGCUCAAGCUUUUUUUCGGAGCUUUUGUAUGUAAUCUGUCAGAAUAAUAUUGAUAAGCAAGUUUGACUUUCAGCUUUCUUGUGA